UACAUAGAAAAGGGGAGGGCAGGUAAAGUAGAGCACCCAAUCAUCAAUCCACCGGCGUCCCUCAGAGACGAAAAGGCUACCACCAAUCCGAGUCGAUCGGAUCGAGUUCUUGCGGACUUCCUCUCGGCAAUCACUCCAAUCGGAACCCUAGCCCACGAACCGAGGAUCCAAGAUGAGUUUCUUGUUCGGGAAGCGGAAGACGCCUGCCGAGCUCUUGAGAGAGAACAAGAGAAUGCUGGAUCGGUCCAUCAGGGAAAUUGAGCGCGAGAGGCAAGGAUUGCAGGCCCAGGAGAAAAAGCUCAUCACUGAGAUCAAGAAAACAGCUAAAGAAGGCCAGAUGGGAGCUGUCAAAGUAAUGGCUAAAGAUCUUAUUCGUACCCGGCAUCAGAUAACAAAGUUUUACCAACUUAAAUCUCAGCUCCAAGGAGUUUCUCUGAGAGUUCAGACGCUAAAAUCAACUCAAGCUAUGGGUGAUGCCAUGAAGGGCGUUACAAAAGCAAUGGCUCAAAUGAACAGGCAGCUAAAUCUGCCAGGACUGCAGAGGAUAAUGCAAGAGUUUGAGCGACAAAACGAGAGGAUGGAGAUGGUGAGCGAAGUGAUGGGGGAUGCUAUUGAUGAUUCUUUGGAAGGAGACGAGGAAGAAGAAGAAACUGAGGAGCUUGUGAGUCAAGUACUUGAUGAAAUUGGCAUUGAUAUCAACCAAGAGCUUGUCAAAGCCCCGUCAGCUGCUGUCACUCAGCCUGCUUCUGCUGGAAGGGUUGCCCAGGCUGAAAGUGCCGGGAACACCGACAGUGGAAUCGAUGCCAAUUUGCAGGCAAGGCUUGAUAAUUUGAGGAAAAUGUAAUUUCCGUCUGGUGCUGCUCCAGCAAAAGAGUAAUGACUUGUAGCACCAUUGCCUAUGAAUGUGAAUACUUAUACUCUACAAAGUAUACAAGUCAGCGUGUAUCUUGAAACAUAUGAAGUGUUCAAUGCGCUAGCAAUAACAAUAAAUGCAUAUCGGUAAUUAUUGUUGUGCUA